AUGCCGUCCAAGAAGAGCAAAGGCUCAAAGGACAAAAAGGGCUCCAAAGGCUCAAAGGGCUCUAAGGGUUCCAAAGGAAAUGCCGUCGAGCCAGUUGAAGAGGAGGAGUUGGUCGUCCCCGUACCGGAGGGCAUUAUGCAUAGACGGCUCCGGUUUCUGUUGGAAACUACACUUAAAACUGAUGUUGACUUUAUCGUCGGUCCAACUGGCAACGAAACCACCAUAAAGGCCCAUAAGUGCAUGCUGGCUGCUGAAAGCCCUAUCUUCGAGAAGCUCUUCGCGGACUGCGAUGCCUGGAAGGACGAACAGGUGAGAAAACGAGAGGCGGAAGCCCAAGCGGCGCGCGAAGCCGACGCCCAGAUGGAGGCCGCGUUGGCACAGGAAGCAGCUGCUAGAGGGGGAGACAAGAAGGGCAGCCCCAAGUCCAAGGGGAAGGGGAAAGGAAAGGGGAGCAAGAGUGGUUCUCCGAAGAAGGGCUCACCCAAGGGCAAAUCCGGCUCCCCCAAGGAGAAGGGCUCCAAAGGAAAGGGCAAGUCGCCUGGAAAAUCCAAAGGCAGCUCGAAGAAGAGUCCAAAGGGCGGAGCCGCACCCGAAAUGCCCGCUUUGGAUAUUACCUUCUUUAAAGACGAAGUCAUUGGAGCGGACACCAUUCGCGUACAGGAUGUCCACCCGCUUGGGUUUUUCCGACUCCUCAGGUAGGCACUUAACUAUAAGUGCAUCGUAAGCUUUUGCCUUCAAAAAACUUAUAAAAUUCCCCUUGGAUGUCUGGAACAUUGAAACUAGUGACUGCACUUUAGUUAAAUCUGGAAUCCAAGUCCAAGUCUUGUCAUACCUUAUACAAAAGAUGAGACAGCAAGACCCAACUUGCAAUAACGCCCGUAUGACGGUCGGUAUAUAACUCUUCUUCCAUAGUUUGGAUAAUGCUGUCUUCUAUUUGAAAAAGAGUAAAAGGUCAUUUAGCAUACAGGUGGUUGUAACUACAGACCAUUGUCCUCCAAACUGAUCCUACUUGCCAGUGAUCGACAUUCCUCCGAUACGCGUGGGUGAGAGAAGUUGAGGCACCCUCGUCAGCUCUAUUCAGAACGUAAUGAGAGGCAGUACUACCUAAGUUCUCUCCCCAAAUACAGUUCACACUCGUCUCUCCGAAGCGAAGUCGGAAUUUCAGGUCCCAACACCGUCUCAAGGCCACUGAAGAUAACAUUUUCAUCUACAGUAGACGUGCUAACUCAGGAAAUGUUAACCGAACUUAUAAAAUACGUUUUCGACUCAAAAAGAUUACUUAAGUAUGGCUGGGAUAUAAAUUACCGCAGAGCAUAAUCCCAAGAUAGCUCAGUUACUUCAGGGUGCGAGCUUUCGGACGAACCUCUUUCAAGCCGCCUGCAAGAACCAAGCUCUGCAAAGAAUGACUACUUAAAUAGUAUGGAUUUUCUCGUUGAUUUUUGAUGCCCUUACACAUUCAAAUAUAUCUCAUAGGAAACAUGUAUAAAAAUAUUCAUUCUUUUACUCACUUGGUAGAAAAUAACGUCUUCUUCGGAUUCUAUACUUGAAGGAACGGUAUAAUUAGGCCUUAAAAACUUGUCUAAUUCCCGAGUAUUUCUGAGACCGACCUACCGUUACAUUUGCAGUCAGCGUUUCAAAACUACUAGUUGUAUAUUAUCCGUGUACGGAAAACCAUACACUUCUAUAGGGUGUUAGGAUGAGACUAUAUGGGGUUCAUGAAAUUUAGCAAUGGGACUGAGCCAUAUUGUAAAGAUUACGAGCAAAAUUAGUAAACACAGGGACACGACGCUUUAUGGACGGGCAUCUUACGGCCUUAAAUAAUCUGAUAAUUACAAACCUUUUGUAAUCGAAUUACACCUCUUUCAAAGCAUAAAAUUUCAAUAAGACGUAAUUUUCUACCAAAUGAAUAAAAAAUGAAUAUUUUUAUACAUGUUUUCUGUGAAAUAUAAUUGAAUUUAUCAGGACAUCGAAAAUAAAUUAGAAAAUACAUACUACUUAAGUAAUCACUUUUUACAGAAUGUAGGUUUUGCAGGCGGCCGAAACGAAGUUCGUUCAAAGCCAUAAUCCCGAAGUAACUGAAUUGUCUUGGAAUUAUGCUGCACGGUGAUUAAUAUUACAACCCUACUUAAAUAAUCCUUUCGAGCCGAAAACAUAUUUCCGAAUUUCGGUUUACAUUUCAUGAGUUAGCACAUCUACUGUAUUCCCUUCGUCCUCAGUAGCACUGGCAUUUAGGGCUAGCGUCUAUCGCGCGUCCACUAAAAGGUCCCUAAGGACUACGCCAAGUUUGGGACUCUAGCUUUAAUGGUGUCGGCCGAGACUUGGGUCUCUUUAGCGAAGAAUCGCGAUCUAUUUAGGAACAACUCUAGCAUAUCUCUGCAAAUUGUGAUAAACAGACGUCCUGGAGCGUGCGAUUCGAAGAUUGCACUAGUGUCCCCGCAAACAAAGGACACAAUUAUCAGAAAACCAACAUUGCAACGUGACAUUGGAUAUUUGAAGCAUGCGGGGACCCAGUCAAAACUGGUCGAACUGGCGACAUAAACGCCCGAGUUCUCAUCUGGGGGGUGGGGGAAGAGGCCUGAAUAAUUUACUAUAGGGACGGCACAGGCACUAGCCAAAAGCCCCCCCCCCCCCUGCACGCGUGUCUCGCCGGUCUUGUGGCGUUUCAGGGGGCAGCGGCGAAAGUGCAGCUAAUUAGUGGAUUCCCCAGCAUUCCUCAAGCGCUUUCUGGCAUGCAAGCUCCACGUUCAAUGCUGCCCUUUUUAACUUCCUCAGAUCAGAUCUGAAAAGCUUUGGUUCAAAGGAGUUACACCACGUUUACGCACUAAUUACCGAGUUAAUUGAAAAGAGCAGCGGAGAGACACGUUUGACCGCUUGUAGUGCCUGCAGAACUCCCUGAGAGCUGUGACCUGUUGCGCAUCGUUUAGAUGUUUCAAGACAGAGGUGGGGAGGGCGCAAGUGACUGGCACGGCAAGACCCGCAUCUAGGCGUACCACCACACCCUCUGGUCCACAUCGAACACCUGAGGAGGAUUUCAACCAACAACGAAAAAUGGAAGGACGGCAGGGAUCUCAGUCGGCGCGACACUGCCUGAAAAUCCCUUCACAAUUCCUAUGGUUUUGUUGAGGCGGGACAGUCUACAAGCCUUACAAUGUCGCGCUGUCUAUCAAACUAUCGACAGCCUUUAUGAGCAACACGGUGGAUAAAAGCCCAAUUGACCAAUAAAGUUGCUUGUAAUAGGCAGAAAUAAGCUGGCUCUGCGAGUAGAGGAACACAUAAAAGACCUCUUCCUUUCUAUUAGAGACACAAAGGAGGACUAAGAACAAACCGCCCUUUCGUUGUUUGGGAAGCUUACCUACCUGGAUAUUAAGUACUGUAGAGAUAAAAUAUUCAACUGAAUUUCCCGGCUCCCAAUAUCCACUAGGUGGCGAAACUCAACUACUAUAUCUAAACUAACGAAAAUCUUGGAACAAUCGCAAACGUACACAACUGCAUCCACUAAAUCGUCAAAUUAAUAAUGAAGACCUUUACCUAAAUGAAAACAUCAAAGCGGUAGAAAGUUGAUCGGAUAAAACUUCCCCAAUAGAAAAAAACAAGUACUGACACACACACAAAUGUGAUAUAGAAUAGUUUUAACAUAGAAGACUGCCUAAAUGUAAAUAGGCGUUUAAUAUUAGUCCAAACUUGCAAAUUUUUUCCAAAUAAAAUUUCAUAGUAACACAGUCUGCGCGAGAAAAGAACACUUCUGGACAGGUUAGGCGAAUAAGUGAAACAAAAACGUUUUAGCAGUGGGCACGGGCAUAAGAACCUCUCGUGCAACAGGCGACCUUCUGCUUACUUCCAAUUUAUAUUUUUUCGCCUGUGCUAUCUUUGACCGCAACCCCCUUAACCCUAAUCUUCACCUAAACCCUAAUCCCUCUGGAGUUUGGCUAAAGAGCACCUGUAAUCCGGAGUGGGCGGGGGCUUUAUUUCCGUGUCUAAACGAUUUUAUUUGCCCGGGUUGAUUAUUUGAAGAAGAAGAUAGGCUCUCCGGAACAGGGCACUUUAAAUGCUGACGUUUCAAAGAGCUGAGUCGACUCUCCAUUGUCAGAGCGUAAAAUGAUCAUCUUGAUUAUCUUCAUCAAUCCCUGUACGUCCCAGACUUCCGUGGGGAUUCGUCAUUUUCACCAUAGCUGCCAUUGUGAAAGUUGAGGUAUCUUGUAAGUCUGGAGGCGGGUAAGAUGAAAGUGGCAUCUUUUCCAAUCUCUUCCGAUUUGACGAAAUGGGAAUCAAGAGUCAGAUGACAGUCUAUGCCAUCUUGCUUGAAUAGCGAAGACAGAGGAAAAUAAGGGGGAAAAAGCAAAACGUAAGAUGCUUAAUAUCAGAUAUCAUAGUAGUAUGUCAGGAAGUACAAAAUUUAUAAAGCCUCGGCAGAAAUACAUCACGAUCGCGAAGUCGCCCCCUUUUUACUUGCAUUAUUACUACUACCGGUAUUAUUUUUUGGCCUUCUUGUUUUUGUAUUUGCUCUUCGAGUUCAUGCUCUUAGUCCCGACGCCGCGCUUGCUAACAUCGAGGGAGAAUAGGUACAUUAAAUAAAGUAUAAAUAUAACUCUGGGGCAAACAGCAGAUUCACAUAAUGAGUACUUAGGCUGUUGCCUUUCACAGCGUUAAAACAAAUGGGGACACCUCUACUGCUGACAUCGAGUUGGUCGUUUGUUAUUGUCAAGUCGGUGCCUGACGGCUUUGACCAACAGUGGUGAGGUAUGAUGACUGGGUGGACUACUGAAUUAACGCCAGAUACUGCCGCCGCGAUUAGUUCCCAGUUUAGUUGACAAGUGCUGCUCACUGCGUUGUAUUUAUGGCGCACUGAUGGUCAUGCUCAAGGCUGCGCAUGGCAAUCUGCGAAAACACCAAUUCGCUCUGCUACCAGCCUCUGUUCGAUGGCGGUCCAUUCAAAACUGAUGACCGGGCAUGAACGCGGUUGAUGAUCGCUGACGUGCGUGUGUGCGACAGCUGACUCAUUAACAUGCGGGGGGGCGUCGCGUGAAGCCGGGAUCUGGAGACAAAGUCGGCUGGCUUUGACACGAGUUUUGUGCCCUCCGGUAACUUCUAGAGGCGGGUCCAGCCUUCGGUACGGGCAUCUUGCCGGGGCCUAGGUAAUUGGAAUAGUGAGAAACAAAACAGUCGGCGAGAAACAAGUGAGACCUGCAUGUUUGGCAGCAGCCUAUUGGUACACCCACUCGACCUUCUCCCGACCAGAAGGUCAUCCUACAUCACAAGGACAAAAAAAGAACGACCAACCGGAGUUCAGUGAGUCCGGCUUGUAUGAGACUUGCUCAGGCGUUUCCGUUUAGCUAUAAGCGAGAAAGACUGGAUGAGUGCGCUCCGUCCCACCGUAACGGACUUCUUUUCUGUUGUCAGUACUGUGGUCUGCAUAGCAACCGUUUCUUGCGGCGCGAAGACGGGGAGGAUGCGAAUCUAUGAAUCUCUCCCUUGGGAGGGAAGUCGGGAAUUGCCAAUCAACUUGCACAAGUAAGGCUCCCAAUCAGGCAUACUAUCGUGGGUGAAAGAAAGUUCUCCUGCUCCUCUGAGACCCAUUAUUUGUUUAGUCCAUAAUCAGCCGCUGAAGAGUCAGCUCGUUGAGCCAAUGGCUGUCCGAUAUCUCCUGCGGUUACUUGGUCGUCUGCAGAUCCUCCGCCUGUGUGCAUUUACGCCUAAUACACGCUUUCCGUCAAGCGCUUCCUUUACUUAUCUCUUUUAAAAUGCUUUCCAAUUGACGACCGUGGUCGGUUUCUGAUAAAUCUCUUCUUCAUCUGCGACUGAGUAAAUAUGGACAUCAGGCGACAGUUCGACCAUCGCGAACGAUGAUGUCUACCAUGUGCCCCACGAAGUGUUGGACGCAGUAAUGAUGACUUACGCGUGAAUUAGUCCAUUGUGAGGCAGACAUUAGCAGCACCUACCUUAUUCACUCCUCCUUCACCCAUCUGUGUCGAGUGUCAAGACGAAGCCGGGACAACUGAAGAUGAGCCCGGGGGACAGUGUUUGACAAAGUUAACCGAUCCAUCUACACGUGCCACACACAGCCCGUUCAUCGCACUGGGGUUUGGGUUUUCCGAGGAAUGACGUAUGUCAUAAAGGUAACAUCAAAACGGAGCCAGCGGGUUUGGGUCGCGGUACUCGAGCCAGUCACUCCACAUGCGCACAAUUCUGACCGUGCAAAUCGAAUUAUGGCGUCCGUUAACAAACUCCCAACUCACAGAUCUUAACGCGUCACCAGGAAUGCGCUUAGGUGCCAUAGGGAUGUACUCUCCGGAGUCGGCGUCGCUCUCCCUUCUCUGUCUCAUGUACCAGACGACUUUCCAAGCCUGUAACUCAGCUGGUGAUAGGACAGGGCGCAGUGAAUUAUUGGGCCAAGGCGACCCGUCUACAUGUUUCACGCACGACCUCAUUACCAGGUCAUGCAUUGUGACACACCAAACAGCAUACUUUCCGCUUGCGCGAGAGGUACCUGAUCUGCAAUGUAGUGAUCGGCUUAGAUCUCACAUAUAUUAGAGUUUAGGGGAAGAUGUGAUCACUGGCCCAAGAAGUUGAUUAGUCUGACGUUUGGGAUUCUCACUCGAACUCGUCAUCAGAGACAGUCGCAGAUAGGAGCAAUGGAGACACAAGGAGCGCACUACCUGUAGCACGAAGACGCCGUGGGUCCACAUGCGUACCAUAAUUGACAGCACUUGCAAUUGCUGCUGGGGUUCGCACUUCAUUGUGAUGAUGACUCGUCAGUCAGCGUGCGAGUCCUUAAUUGUCGCAAUUGCACCAUCCGUGAUGGAUGUUGGCGCGAGGAUUACUCGGCAGUUUGGCCCUCUGUAACUGGGAUUGUUGCUCGCCUGCGCCAUCCCCUGCCCAGGGAAAAUCUGGACACAGAAUACGGUAACAGGAGGUCAUUGCGCUUGUCGAUGGAUUUUGGGCCUGAGAACCAUGAUUCGAGCAGCUUGCGGCUCACGUGGUUAUCACCUUUUGCAAGGAUUUCGGGCUCUUGAAACUGGGAAAUAUAGCCGGAUUCCGUAGAAUUAGCCUGCAUCUGAGAGCUAAUGGUUCUCCAUCUCACUGUUGCUGCGUGCUCGGCAUUCGCGUCUGGGGUGAUCUCCCAGUUUCCCCAACGUGGUUGCUCUGCUGACUUACUGAAUUUGGUGGAACGCGGAUAAUUAAAUUGCGGCAAUUGGCGACUCGGGCGCGGACUGACGAGGCAUUAUCGCAUUAAAUUACGACUCCCAGCGGUAAUCACGAGAGCUGUUAAUUAGAUUACGCAUGUGGUCCCACGAGGGCUACGUACUAUAAAUACCGCGGUCUUUGUGCAUCCGCUACCCUUACUUGUAACUGGCUGUGAUGAUGGGGUUCGAGUGAGAAUCCCAAAUGUUGGGCCAAGAAACUUCUUUUUUUUUUCAGUGAUCGCAUCGUCUGAACUACUUCCUGGGAUUUGCCUGUUCACUUCUAUACAUGAGAAUGCCAUAGGGGCCACAUUAAAGAGUCACGGAGCCUGGUUGCCAGUCCGCUGGCCAGUCAUCUCACAGACACAUAGAGUAUCAACCACGCGAACUGAUAUCUGCAGUCAGUGGGCAACCUUUUGUACCACGACUCGCGACGCGUCGUGAUGGAUUUAAGCGUAUCAGAUUUAUUAUUAGUGAAGGUGAUGAGUAGCCGGCAUUGACAAACAAUAUUUCUUUAACGAAAAUGAAUGCUUAAGUGACGUAAGAAAGCCUUUUGGAUGAGGCCUGAUUCACUCCAAAUGGGUUGGGCUAGAGCAUCAAGUGGAUGGGACUCGAAUAUAUAGCCUAAAACAAAUUCCUUCUUGCUUGUUUGCUUCUGAAGUCGAAAAAUUUGUCCAAGUUAUCCUGACGGUGGUGAAAACUGCAGUGCAUAACAGGUGACGUGUCUCGGAGAAUGUUGUCUGAAACUAGACAGGGUUUUUCAGGUGGGUUUUAAAUGUUAAUUAGCAUGUAGCAUAAUCUACAGAUAUUUCAGGCACGCAAGGAUGCCGGCCUUUAAAUACGCGUUUUUACGCUUUCCAACACAAAUUGUACCUACUGAAAUUGCUACUUAAGCAGUAUGGAACAUUUUUUUGAUUUUUGACAACCUUACAGCUCCAAGCAUGUUUUAUGGGAAAGGUAUGCAAAAUGAACCUUCAUACACUUAUUUUUCAGUAACUUGCACCAUCUUCAAAUUCUUCACUCGAGGAAAGGAGAACUUUUGGCUUCAAUCAUUUUUCGAUUAUGGCACUUUUGUAUAUCGGAAAAAGUCUAUUCACAUUGUAUCUUGUCAGUUCGCUUAGUAAAACUGCUCAUGAAAGGCACAACAUGGCCCACAUCCAUUGCGAAAUUUUUGGGACCCUACGUCGUUCCUUCCCAAUAGCAUAACGGAAUGCAUUAUUUUUUAAAGCGGAAAGUUUGCUUUUUGAAAGACCUAACAAAAGGUCAGGUUUGAAAUCAUUUAGGGAUUGAAAAUAUUAAAAAAUAUAAAGAUAUUGUUUUUUGAGUAAGCGGCUCUAAGAAGACGCAAAAUACCAUACAAUGAGUGCAGGGGAAGAUAUUUACGGGUUCGAAUUUAUAGGAGCGUCGAAAAUCAAUAGAAAAAUUCCGUACUAUUUAUAUAGUUAUGUUAGCGAAUGCGUUUUUACGGUCCACUUCCCGUUCGUGGUGUUUAGUCUGAAAGGCUUCCUAUUGUUCGAAACGCCAGACCACCCAUCCCGGGUCUAGCUGAUGCAAAAAUUUGGGGGAAUAUUAAUUCGCCGGAGGUCGCCUCACGCAAUGUUUGCCGACGUCCUUAUUUUAUGAAUCUAAAAUUUAGGCUAAAGAAAAGAGCGCUGAAAGACCCUUUUUCUCAGCAACAACAACAACAGGCUCUUUUAUGGAGGAGUAGACUUAAAAACCCGCACGCCUCGAUUAGAUGACUCACUUUUGAAGGUUUUCGCUGUUUCCGAAAGAGUUGGCACAAGUGUUCAUGGAGUUUCUAAACGAACGCCCUCGUGAGCGGCAAGAUUUUUGAAGAUUGCUGAAGCAUCCUCUUAAGCUAUCGCCUUGUUUUUUCUAAAAGCGAUAAACUCAGUUAUUUAGUUUUCAAGAAUGGGAUAAAAGAGGUCUCUUUCAUGGUCUUUCAGACAAGCAUAUUGACUACCGCAGUGCCCCAGUCGAAAUAGGGUUUUAGUAAUCUUUUCAUCAGGAAACACUGCGUUUCCAAAAUUCAGUUGUCUGUCUAGAUGCCAAAUAGAGCUUUCUGAAAAACACCCAUGUUGCCAUGACAUCAGGUAGCUAGAAAAAUCUCGUACAUACCCAACACCCGCAUACUCUUAAGUCAAGUGGGGACUCAUUAAAAUUCGACUCUGACAAAUUAAUUUUUCGAGGUAAUAUUUAUGUUAACAUAUGUAAUACCUGAAAUGAAGGCCUGGGGGUGGACUAUAUUAAAAAAAACAAUUAUUUCCCUCUCAAGGUACAUUUACUAUGACGAGAUGACUUUCACUGGCGUUGUCGGUACCAUCCGAACUCUCUACGCGGCUAGAAAGUACUGCUUUUAUGACCUGGCCAGGGCUUGCGUAAAUUACUUGGAGAACAAUGUUUGCAUCGAGCAUAUCUUCCGGUUGCUUCAGGCUGCAGUGGACUUCCAUGAGGACCGUCUGAAGGACCUCUGCAUGCGCCUAAUCAUCAAUGACACCUUUGAGGUGAUAAAGAAGGAGGAGUUUAAGGACAUAAAGAAGGAACUGGUAGUCAUGAUUCUCGAGCAGGACGUACUUAACGCACGUGAAAUCGAAAUCUUCGACCAGGUGAUGCAUUGGGCGGAGAAUGAGUGUGACCGUUUGAAGAUACCGGUCACUGCAAUGAAUCAGAGGAUUGCCCUCGGAAAUCAUAACUUCGCCCUUAUUCGAUUCCCAACCAUUCUUGCUCACGAAUUUGCCACACAUGUUGUCGAGAGCGGAGCCUUGAGAACUGAGGAGAUCAUUCCUAUUCUGCAAUAUUACAUCACAGGUGAGUGGAUAUUUUAAACUGUUCAAAGGACUGAUGGAUAUUAGUCCCUGUGCCCUCUGUAAGAUACUCGGAGUGGGGUCCCUGAUUGCUUCAUAGAAGAGAAGGCGAGGGGAGAAUUAUACUACUAUUACUGCUACCACUACUACUACUACUAGCACUACUACUCUUGCUGAUUCCACCACAAAUACCGCUACUGUGACGAAUGCCGUUUCCAGUACUCUUACUAUUUGGCUAAUUCAUUUGGAGGUUCUCCUAAUCCUGGGACCGCUCAAAGCCUCACAAGAAGCUUAUUUACCGUCGCAAACUUGUAGUUGAGCUAAAACGCCAGAGCUCGGCCCAUUUAAGUCAAAUGUCCAGAUUUGAUGGAGAUAGGAAACUGUACGCAUGCUGAAAGGGAACAAAGGCCACAUGUUUUGUCUCCAGCCGUGAGCAGUCGCCACUGGGCUUGUUUGGACUUAGUAACCACCUAGGUAGUCUGUUCGGCCGUCGCGACAUGGACAAUGACUUGUCUUAUAACUAUAGCACGCUUAGGCAACAUCUGCUGCACCCUCUCCACUCUCAUCUACCUGGGCUCGGUGGCUUGA